AUGAGUACGACGGCCAUGGACCAUGUUUCAGACCAUGAUUCCCAGACCCCGGACUCUCCUUUGAGCCCGAGCGAAAGAAGCUCGACUCCCUCUUCCAUCACUUCGUCUGCUGCCACCAGUGUCGCCGACACCGGCGACCUGGCCAAGCCGGUGGCGGCCCCUUCUCCGUCCAAAUCCAGGAAGGAGGAGCGGCACAAGAAGUACAACAAGACCGCCAGCCGCACGGUCGCCGCUGCAAGCGGCAUCUCCACCACGGUCCCUCUGUCUGGCGAGCGGCCACGGCCAACGCCGCACUCCACGCUGGACGACGACGUGCUCUUUGCCAUCUUCGAGAUCCUGUUCGACCACGACUCCAAGGCCGAGGGCAUGACCGUCAAGCAGAUCUGUGACAUCCUGGUCGAAAAACACCCCGAGAUGGCCAAACUGUCCUCGAAAACAUCGAAUCUGGUCUCGGCCAAGCUCAACGCCUAUGUCAAGCGCGUCGAAAAGGGCGAAAAAGCCAUCAUGUACUCUCUGUCCAGAGACUGGGCCGACGCGUCGCCCAAGAGAAUGGUGUACGUCUACCGCGGACUGCUCGCCAAGGACUACCACCUCUACGUCCAGCAGUACCUCGAGAGCCAGAAGGCGCUGGAGCACACGUCGGUGGUGUCAGGUGUGGUUGCCGACCUCGACGCAAAAGACCUGAAAAAGUACAAGAAGGCCGCUCUUGCGGCCGCCCAGGCCCAGACGCAGCACGCUGUGCACUCGCAGGAUCUUGGCGACAAACGGUCGCCGUUCCUGGACGCGUCGCUGGACCUCAGGCUCGCGAACCUGGCGGUGCCGUACGCGGUGGCCCCCGUCACGGCGUCGCUGGUCACUGCGGUCGAGGACGCCAAUCCCAAGACGCGGUAUCCCAGGGCCAAGUCCGUGUCGGUGUUUUCGAGGUCCUCGCCGGAUUCCGACGACGACGUUGACGACUACGAGACGCUGCGUUCUGCGGACGACGACGAUGACGACGACGACGCAGACAGUCUCGUGUCUGCCGGCUACCACAGGCGCGGCUCCGUCAUUGUCAGAGACAAGGUCCCGUCGUCGGUCGGCAAACGGUCGAAGUCCAUGAGUUUCAUCAACUCGAAAAAGCCAAGAACCGUGCAUCUCACGGCCGCGGCUGCCACGCCUCGGAUCCCCAAAAACGCCUCCCUCGUGAACAGCCCCACCGCGGCCGCGGCCGUGGCUGCUCUGCGAGCAGCAGCUAUGAGCUUCAGCCCGCAGUGCGAGUCUGUCAACACCAUCACAAACUCGAUCCUGGCAGACACCACCGUGGAGCCGUCGAUCAGCAUGAAGUGGCUGGAGACGGUGCGCUCUGGGUUCCUGACGCAGGAAAUCGGCGCUCCGGAGGACAUUUCGUUGGCAGAGCUCGAUACGUUGUUCACGUGA